GCGUAGGCUGGAGUUUCAUUUUCAGUAGCACACGAUAAAGAAACGCUAAAGGGAAAACCAGGAAGAAAGGAUUCGGUGGUGGAGACGGAAAGCGGGUGGAGAUGAGCAGAGCGCCCAAGCAAAGAAUGAUUUCGUGAGCUUUCAUCCUCUCUCCAUCAGUCGGUUGCUUUUCGGUUGUGCUUCUUGAAGAAGAAGUUUAUACGAAUGAAGAAUUUGCUGUGGAGGAGACGGUAAGCGCGAAGGCAGCACGUACAGAAAAUGUCGAUGGUGGUGGUAAGACUUUCGUCUUCCAUUCUAGGUGCCGGAAUCAGGUGGAGCUCCAAUUCCCCAAUUGAUCAUUUUCCUUCCUCGCCGCGCCUUCGCCUGGUUCGAGUACCCACCUCCUGCAAAGCCCGCUCUCGUCCGAAGAAUUCCGGUCCACCAUACAGGAGGCAUCAAGCCAGGAAAAUUCCUUUGAAUCGUCAGCCACUUAGUGAUGACAAUUCAUCAUUUGUUCGUAUCGAGAACAUAGAAAAUGAAGUUGAUGCGCGAGCUAGAAUGGAUGAUUCUGCUGAAAAAUCUACUCAUGUUGAUUCUGGAACAGAACAAAUUGCAAAGGAUACAGUACACAGUUCCGAUGGUUCAAUUGGUUCACCUGAUGUCAAAGAAACUUCUGUCCAAUUCUUGGAUCAUCCUGUGCUUGAAGUCAAUUCAGAUUAUUCAAUCGGUGUCCCUGAUGCAAGGGGAACUGCAAUCCAGUUCUUGGGUCAUCCUGUGCUUGAUGAUAGGUCGCUGCCUAAUGAUUAUGGCAGCAAGGCAACAACUGCCCCAGUAGAUUUUGUGGCUGAUCCUGCUACAGAAUCUGCACAAUGUAGUGAUCUUGUGACUGAUACGGCAAACUGUACUGAUCCUGUGAUUGAUACUGCCAGCGCCAGUGCUCCUGAUGCAAUAGAAACUCCAAUCCGGUUCUUGGAUCAUCCUGUGCUUGAUGAAAGGUCACUUAUUGAUUAUGACAGCAAUGCAACUCAAACUGCUAAACCUGCCCUAGAAUCUGCACAGUGUAGUGAUCCUGUGACUGAUAAUGUAAACUAUAGUGAUCCUGCGACUGGUACCACAAGCAUUACUGUCCCUGAUGCAAUGCAAACUCCAGCCCAAUUCCUGGGUCAUCCUGUGCUUGGUGAAAGGUCAUUGCUUAUUGAUUAUGACAACAAUGCAACACAAACUGCUCCAGUAAAUUUUUUGGCUGAUCCUCCCCUAGAAUCUGUACAACGUAGUAAUCCAGUGGCUGAAAAUGCAAACUAUAAUGAUCCUGUUACUGAAAAUGCAAACUAUACUGAUCCUGUGACUGAUAAUCGAAGCUGUACUGAUCCAGUCACUGAUGCUACACAAUAUUCUGAGGCUAUAACUGAUGCUGCAACACAAUUUUCUCCAGUAGAUGUUGUGGCUGAGCCUGCCUUUGAAUCUGCAGAAUGUAGUGAUCCUGUGACUGCAAAUGCAAACUAUACUUAUCCGGUGACUGAUGUUCCAAGCUAUACUGAUCCAGACACUGAUGCUACACAUUAUUCUGAGGUUAUAAUUGAUGCUUUUGAACAGCACCAAGAAGCAGGGUCAGAUGGCUCAACUCUUGGAACAGAAGCCAGAGGAGAUGUUAGCUCCUAUGAUUUCACUCUUGUGGCAGAAGCUGCAGAAAAUACGGCCAACAAUGAUGUUGACAAGGAACGGCUUAAAGAUAUACAACUUGGGGAGUUGCUAGACAUGAUAAGAGAUGCUGAAAAAAAUGUUUUACUUCUCAAUCAAGCACGACUUCGAGCACUAGAAGAUGUUGAUAAUAUUCUUAAGGAGAAGGAAACAUUACAAAGAGAAAUUAAUAUGCUGGAGACAAGGUUGGCAGAAACAGAUGCUCGGCUUAAAGUUGCAGCUCAAGAAAAGAUAAAUGCUGAAUUGCUUGAAGAUCAGCUUCAGAAACUGAAAAACGAAAUUUCUGAUAAGGAUCUUGUGAAAGACACUGGAGAAGGAUUAUGUGAAAUCCAGCAGACUGCCUCAAAUAAUGAUAUUCCUGUCAUUGAUCCAUCUAGUUUUUCUUCUUUUAUUGAGGAACUAAAAGUUGUAAAGGAAGAAAAUGUGUCACUAAAGUCUGAUUUAGAAGUAUUGAAGUCAACACUUGCUAAUGUUCGAGAAACCCAUGAAAGAAUGCUGAAAACGGAGGAAGAGAGGUCUUCAGGAAUAGCUCUAGAAGAAUUAGAACUGGAACUUGCAGCUGUUCAAGAAAAUGUGAGAGAGAUUACAAAUUUAAAGUAUGAAUGCAAAUCUCUUUCAGGGAAGGUGGAACAUUUGCAAGCAUUGGUCGGAAGUGCAUCUAGACAAGCUGCGCAGACAAUUAACAUUCUAGAACAAAAUCAGGAGCUUUCAAAGCAACUUGACAGACUAGAAACUUCUAUAGAAGAAGCAAAAUCAUUUAAGUUAUCAUUAGAACAGUCUCAGCAAUAUAAUAAACUUUUGGAACAGCAAGUCAAGAUAUUGGAGGAACACCUUCUAAUGUCUGAUAAGGAAAUCCAAUCUCAAGUUAGUUUGUACAGGGAAUCAGUAAAUGAAUUCCAUAAUACUCUUGAAAGAAUAAAAGAGGAAAGUGAUAGAAAAAAGCAAGAUGAGCCUGUCGAUGAUAUGCCUUGGGAGUUUUGGAGUCAUUUGUUGCUUUGCCUUGAUGGCUGGUUACUUGAGAAGAAAAUAUCCAACGAUGAUGCUAAAUUAUUGAGGGAGAUGGCUUGGAAGAGAGAUGCACGGAUUCGAGAUGUGUUUAUGUCCUGCAAGGACAAGCAGGAGGAUGAAGCUGUAACUGCUUUUCUCAAACUUGUAUCAGCACGUACAUGUCCUGCACUACAUGUUAUUCACAUAGCAGCUGAGAUGGCCCCUGUUGCAAAGGUUGGAGGUUUAGGAGAUGUUGUGUCUGGUCUUGGUAAAGCAUUGCAAAGGAGAGGGCACCUUGUUGAGAUCAUUCUGCCAAAAUAUGAUUGCAUGCAAUAUAGUAGGAUUGAGAACCUAAAGGCCUUAAAUGUGGAGGUGGAAUCAUAUUUUGAUGGCCAGUUGUUCAAGAAUAGAGUGUGGGUUGGGAUAAUUGAAGGCCUUCCUGUGUACUUUAUUGAGCCUCAGCAUCCAGCCAAGUUCUUCUGGAGGGGACAGUUCUAUGGGGAGCAUGAUGAUUUUCGGCGCUUCUCUUUCUUUUGCCGUGCAGCUCUGGAGUUCCUUUAUAGAGCUGGCAAGAAACCAGACAUAAUUCACUGUCAUGACUGGCAGACAGCAUUCAUAGCACCACUUUACUGGGAUCUUUAUGCACCUAAAGGACUUAAUUCUGCUAGAAUUUGUUUCACCUGUCACAACUUUGAAUAUCAAGGGACCGCACCUGCCUCAGAAUUGACAUCCUGCGGCCUGGAUGCUACUCAAUUAAAUAGACAUGACAGGAUGCAAGACAAUGUUGCACAUCACAAAGUUAAUGCUGUAAAGGGGGGAAUAGUCUUCUCAAACAUUGUGACUACUGUGUCACCAACAUAUGCUGAAGAGGUGCGGACGGCAGAGGGGGGACAUGGUUUGCAUCAUACACUAAAUACUCACUCUAGAAAGUUUUUGGGAAUUUUAAAUGGAAUUGACACGGAUGCUUGGGACCCAGCUACUGAUACUCUUAUAAGAUUUCAGUAUACGGCCGAUGAUCUUCAGGGGAAAGCAGGGAAUAAGGACGCCUUGAGAAAAUAUCUUGGACUUUCUUCUGCAGAUGCCAGCAUGCCUAUGGUUGGUUGCAUUACGAGGCUUGUGCCCCAGAAAGGUGUCCAUCUCAUUCGACAUUCAAUCUAUAGAACAGUAGAGUUGGGAGGCCAAUUUUUGCUAUUAGGUUCAAGCCCUGUGCCACAUAUUCAACGUGAGUUUGAGGAUAUUGCAAACCAUUUUCAUGGCCACCAGAAUGUAAGGCUGAUACUUAAGUAUGAUGAUGUUCUUGCUCAUUCCAUAUAUGCUGCAUGUGACAUGUUUGUCAUCCCUUCAAUUUUUGAGCCUUGUGGUCUAACUCAGAUGAUAUCCAUGAGAUAUGGUUCUAUUCCUAUAGCAAGACGCACAGGAGGAUUGAAUGACAGUGUCUUUGAUAUUGAUGAUGAGACAAUUCCACUUCAAUUCCGCAAUGGUUUUACCUUUACCACUGCUGAUGAACAGGGGCUUAGUUAUGCUUUAGAUCGUGCAUUCAAUUACUAUAAGCGAAGCCCUGAAAAGUGGCUUCAGCUUGUUAAGAGGGCAAUGAGCAUAGACUUUAGUUGGGAACCAUCAGCUAAGCAGUACGAAGAACUGUACGAGAGGUCGCUGGCCAGAGCUAGGGCAUCAAUUCGUGCAUGAAUUGCCUAAAUUUUUCACUGAUUGGUUUGCUUAUUAAGUUUCUGAGAAAGCAUCACAUUUCUGGGGCUUCUUGGCAUUAACUCCCUUCAUUCUGGAAGCACUUGUACAGAAAAAUGAGGUCACUUGCUGAUUCUACUCCUUGCUGUGUAUGGUGCUCAGCCAGUGAUUUGGCAGUCCUACUCAUUCACCAUUGGUCAAGGUUUUUCCUGCUGUAAAAUUUAUUAUCAUUCUUUUAUUCAUAAAUAUCUUUCUUGUAUGUAUAUUUUUGGAGGAUCUAAAAAAAUAAUUUAUCCUCAAUGACGAAUACAAAAUAAUGGGUAUGAAAAUUUUGAUGAUUAGAGCAGCC